AUGCAUCUUCAGUUUCUUCUACCGGCCCUGCUGGCCGUUGGCGGUACCCGCGCAGCACCAGCGCCCAUCGAAAACAUCUUGUCAGAGCGCGGCGUGUCCACCUCUUCGAUCUAUAUACCGGCGUCGACUCUCAGGACAGACAUCCUAGCGGCUAAAGGGCUUGUCAAUUUGGCAAUUUAUGGGUUGACAAAUCCGUCGGGCGGGAGCUGCAAUUUGCUCAAUGCAGCCGUCCGACGAGAAUGGUCAUCACUCUCAAAGGAUGAAAGACGUGCAUACAUUGACGCUGAAUUGUGCCUGAUGUCGAAGCCGACGCAAGACCCCAAUUUCGCAUCUGGCGCAAGGUCCCGGUACGACGACUUUGUUGCGGUCCAUAUCAACCAAACACUUUCCAUUCAUGGGACCGCAAACUUCCUGGCAUGGCAUCGCACCUUCACCUGGAACUUCGAACAGGCCCUGAGGAAUGAAUGCGGCUACACGGGAUAUCAACCGUACUGGAAUUGGGGAAAGUACGCAUUCGACCCCAUCAAUUCUCCCUUGUUCGACGGCAGCGACUACAGCAUGUCCGGCAACGGUGUUUACGAGGCGCAUGGUUGCACCGAAGCCUUGCCCACCGAUCUAAAUUGCAUCCCUCCCGGUUCCGGAGGUGGCUGUGUGAAUACUGGACCGUUCAAGGAUUACGUUGUCAACUUGGGUCCCGUUGCCCCGACCUUGGACAUCCCAGGAAUCAUCAACUACUCCAGUCCAAACCCUCUUGCCUACAACCCUCGCUGCCUCCGUCGCGACAUCUCAUCUUGGGUCUCUUCCAACUGGACCAAGGACUCGGACUCUUAUGACCUGAUCUCGAACUACAACGACAUCCUGUCGUUCCAGAACCGCAUGCAGGGAGACUUCAGUGUCGGUUUCUAUGGCGUUCACACGGCCGGCCAUUUCACAACCGGCGGUGACCCGGGCGGCGACCUCUUCUCGUCGCCCGCCGAACCGACUUUCUUCCUACACCACGCGCAAAUUGAUCGAACCUGGUGGAUCUGGCAGAACCAGGACCCUAAGAACAGAAGGAACGCCUUUGCCGGAGGCACUUCCACUUUGGAUCCCGUCAACAGCCCUCCGGGACAGCUUACAGACCCGAUUAACAUGGGCAGCCUGGGGCAGACGCUACAGAACAAAGAUGCAUUCUGGACGACUGCGGGCCCCUUCUGCUAUAUUUACGUCUGA